CUCAGUCCGUGAAUGCCGCACGAGCCUCCCCGCUCCUCCGGAUUUCAGCCGGUAGUCACUCGGCGUCUGUCAGUCACCGCCGUCCUUUAAACCCGCAGGACCGCGCGCGUCGCCACCUGCUCGCAGCUCGACAGGUCGGUGGGCGCCAUGAAGCGGCCAGUGGCCGAGCACGAGCGGCCCGAGUGACGGGAGCAACAGGCAACUGGGCUCAAAGUCCCGGAGGCUCGCGAGGAGGAACUGUUGCACGAACCCCCGCUGAGAUGUCUCUGCUGUGCGUCCGAGUGAAAAAGGCCAAACUCCAUGGACCUCCAGACAAGUUCAACGCCUACGUGACGUUGAAGGUGCAGAAUGUGAAGAGUACGACGGUGACGGUUCGAGGGGACCGGCCGUGCUGGGAGCAAGACUUCAUGUUUGAGAUCAGUCACCUGGAGUCGGGUCUGGUGGUGGAGCUGUGGAACAAAGGCUUGAUCUGGGACACCAUGAUCGGCACCGCGCUGAUUCCGCUGGACGCCAUCCGGCAGUCGGACCAGGAGGGACCAGGGGAGUGGACGGCUCUGGACUCGGAGGUGUUAAUGAGAGAGGAUGAGAUCUGUGGAACCACUAACCCAACUCCACAUCAAGUGCUGCUGGACACGCGCUUUGAGCUGCCCUUUGAUAUUCCUGAGGACGAGGCUCAGUACUGGACCAGUAAGCUGGAGCGAAUCAACACCAUGCGGAUACAUGACGAGUAUCCUUUGCAGGAAGAGGUCCAGAGACGGCAAAUGGCAUCUGGGCCCCCUCAGUGCUGCAGUUGGAGUUAUUUUGGAUGGAGCGACCAGCAGACCUUUGACGACCAUGACAGUGCCGUGGACGACCGUGAUAGCGAUUACCGCAGUGAGAGUGGCAACAGGCCCCCACGGUUCCACAGCACCUCCCAGACAAACUCCUCUGUGCACCAGUAUCCUAUUGGACGCAGGGUCCAGCAUCAACCCUUGACCAGAGAGUCUGAGUCUGUGCAGAGCUACGAGCUCGACUGCAGAGACAUGAGAGGAGCCAGAAACAGUAAGGGCAGAGUUCGCAUAAUCCCUGUUGACUCGGGUAUGGGCGCCGAGGACUGGGAGAGUAAAUACAAAGUGCCUGACUCAGGUGUCCUGGACGACUACUUGGACACUGAGCAGAAAAUGUGGGAGGAUGAAGAUAAAAGCAUCAUCUAUCGGAUUAGUGACAGCCCCUGUGAGUCCAAAGGCAGCAGAUUCUAUCAAACAGUGGAAUGCGAUAUGCUUUCCCCUGAGGAUACAGAGGAUGCGAAUGACAGGCGACACAUACAGGGGCCGAGCUUUAGCAGUGGAGAAGUACGAUUGGUUUAUAAGGAGGCCGGCAGCUUCGAGGAUGAAACAUCUCCUCCUGAAAUUGACAUUAUUCCCUCUGUCAAACAGCUACGACAGCAGACAGACAGAGAAGAUCUGCUUUACAAGACCAGACUUUGGGCCAAAACCGCCUUAGAGGACACACUUGAGAACUAUGCAGCUUUUUGUGAGGAGGAGGCUGCUCUGGAAGAGGCCACACGGACUUGGGGCAGCUACGGUUCAGUUGGCUCUGAUGAGAUGCAGUAUUCCUUUGGAUCUGAGGAGGAACUAGAUGAGCUGGCAUUCACUGAAGGAGACACCAGUUAUGUGUAUGAAAGUUACUAUGACCCUGGGAGGUGCAUGUCACCUUUUGAAAGACAAACCUAUUCAGCCAACGGGAGACAAGGUCAUGACGGAGAUCCGUUGCUGUCUCCUCUAGAGGAACCAAGUGAGGAAUACAUAGACCCAAUGGAAGAACUCAGGAGCUUGGUCCUCUCUGUUUCUGAAUACCUGGCUGUAAAAGAGGAGGAGAUUAAAAGCUAUGAAUCGUUGCCCAAACCAGUUAGAAGAAAACUCCCACCUCUACCGACUAAUGCUAAACCUGUGCAGCCUGAAUCCAGGGAUCAGACUAGCAAGGUAGUGAAAGCGGAGGUGAAGGAGGACAGUGCUGUUGAACAGGGCAUAGCUGGAGUAAAGAACGCAAUGAGUUCUUUAUUCAGUACCAUAACAGGAUCAAAGUCUACGUCUGAGGUAGAAGCCUCUGGCACCAUUCCGCCAUCCCAGCCCCCACAGGCAGACUCUGGGAUGUCCAAACUGCUUUCCUUUAUCCCUAAAGUAAGUGCUGAACACACAGAAGGCUCUGGUAACACUGCAGCCGAUCCUCCAACCCCUCAGCCAUCGCCCCAACCAGAGUCCAGCAUUUCUAAGCUACUUUCCUUUAUUCCUAAAACCGGUGGUACUUCUCCUCCAGUUGCCAUAGUUCCUCCGGCAUCUCAGGAGCAUACAACAGAGAAAAAGUUUUUCCUUCAGUCUCUUUUUCUGCCCUCGGAGCCCAGUCCUCAGGCUGAACAUAAUCAAACGUCAACCCAUGCUGACACAGAGACACAAGCCUCUGCGCCCACAACUAACCAGCACAUGUCGGGGUUUGACUCCAUGCUAGGAAGGUUAAGUCCUUUGAGACUGUUUUCCAGUGCACCAUCAUCUAGAGAUCCAUCUCCUCAGCCGUCAGAAGAAAGAAGUGUGUCUGCUGCAAGCAAUGAAUCACAACAAGAACUGAUGAACAUAAGCAGUAGUCCCAACAGGGACCACAUACAACCAGACCAGCAGUUAUCUGAUGACAUGAGACCAGCAUCAGGUGAAUCAGUCGAUCUUAUGUCAGAAGCAGGAAGUGGAUCGGUUGAGCUCUUGCCUGAAACAGGAAGUGGGUCAGUAGAGCUUCUUCCUGAGACAGACUCAUCUGGUGAGUUACCUGAUGUUCAACAGAAAAGAAGUCCAGCAUCUGAAUCAAAACCUGAAAGCAUCUCAGAAGAAACCGGAUUCUUCAGUCCCUUUAGGAAAUCUCUCUCUAACCUCAUAACAUCUCCUGAAACUCAUACUGACACUAAGCCCGCAGAGGAGUCGUUUUUAGGAAACAAACUCAAAAUCCCUUUUUUAUCCUCUGAAACUUCAUCGCCAACUCAAAUAAAAGCAGAGGGAAAUGUGCUUUCUGGCUUUCUGAAGUUUGCUUCUGGUGAAGAUGCCAGUGUUCCACCAAAAACUCCAUCUCCCACUCCUUCAAGAACUCCCUCUCCAAGUCGCGCUGUACUUCUUGAAAGUGUACCAAAAGGAAACCCAGAAACUGGUUGGUUUUCAAACCUGUUUAAAGCAGCCCCAAAUGAAGAUGCUAAGCAACCCACAAAACCAAAAAUGCCCCCCACUGUGACGCUAACAAAACCUAGUGGGCAAACGGAGCCACACAUUGAAGAAAUGCUACCUGACACCCCAGAGAGCGGGGUCCAGAGAACAGAACUACCCAAGGAACAAAUAAUGCAUCCCCAGAACCAGUUAGACUCCGUUCAGCCUGAAGCAGAUGCCACAAUAAAAAGCCGAAAUCUACCCAGCCUUGCAGAGCAAGCCAGAGCAAAACUGCAGUCUCAUGGAAUUCUAUCUGGAUUGUUAAAAAUAGGAUCAACAGACGUUUCAUCUUUGGGCAAAAGAAAUGAGGAAGAGCAAAGUCAGUCCACCAGUCAACAGCAUAAUUACUCGGGUUGUGCCGGUCAGCCAGCCUCAGCUUUGCCAGAUCAAUCUCAAACACCAGGACAACCUGCUAACCAACAAGGUUCUGGAGGAUUUUUAUCUGGGCUAUUUAAAAAAGCCUCAGACACGGUAACUGGUUCUCAGGCACACCUGGAUUCAACUGAUCACACAGUGGAACAUGAAGCUCUAGAAAAAACCCAGAGCCAAAGACCUACUGCCUCUGCUCAGUCUGCAGGAAUAUUGUCAGGAUUUAUUAAAUUUGGUUCAACAGAAGCGCCUCCUCUUGACAAAGCCCAACCCGACCAAGAAUUUAAACAACACACAGCAUUAGAUCAACCAGAACAGCAGAAAAGAACAGAAAAGGUCCCUCCAAGGGCGAGAGUAACACCUCAGCCCAGCGGGUUGUUUGAGGGGUUGUUGAAACGCACAGAAACCACAACACAGCCUCCAAACGCAUCUUUGGCUACACAAUCCAAUCAGCAACCAAGCAACAUGUUGUCAGGGCUUUUUAACAAGAUUGUGGAUCCUAGUUCAUCUCAGCAGCAACCAGAGGCUGGGGUUCAAGGCGUUAACCAAAGACCGGUGCAGCAAGCACCUCAACAAGGUGGCUUCUUCUCAGGCCUUUUUGGACUUGGCAGCCAAGACUCUGCUCCUGUAAAUUCAGCUCAGGUGUCACAAAACCAGAAACACAGUGGACAACAACAUAAUCAGCAGCAAUGCAUGAAACAAAACCUAAAACAACAAAACCCAGUUCCCCCUCAACAGCCCCCCAGUGGUCCUGGAGGGAUGCUCUCGGGGUUAUUAAACAAAAUAACUGAUGCAGGAUCCCCUCAGUCUGCAGUGGGGACUCAACCAGAGCAGCAACAGCCUAGUCAACAGGGUGGUUUCCUUUCUGGGUUGUUCUCAUCAGGUCCUACUCAACCAACACAGCAGCAGUCACCUGUCAGUCAUCCAAAUCAGAAUCAAAGUAACAGACAGCCCCUGCGGAGGCAAAACCAGAUACCUCCACAGCCUGCAACCUCUGUGUCAGAGCCACAGCACGGCGGCCUAUUGCCAGGGCUUUUUAACAAGUUAGCAUCUGCUGAUAAUACAACAGUCCACACCACCACGCAGACUGGAUCCCAGCAGAGCAAUAAGUCCAGUGGACCUGGUCAGUCAGGAAACCAACCAUCGUCUCAAUCCAGCCAGCACGGAGGGUUCUUAUCUGGUCUGUUUGGUCAAACAUCACAUCAGCAACAGCAGCAGCCUGGCAAAAUAGCAAAUUCUCAGCAAACCACAAGUCAAGAGCCAGGAAUUCUAAAACGUUCUGAACCAGAAGAACAGCAGCUGUCACAGCCUCCUCAGACAGCUCAAACAUCUGCUGGACAAAGUCCAGGCCAGGUACUGCGGAACAGUCACCAUCACCUGCUGAGCAGGAAAAGAUUCCAGCACCACAGCAUCAACAGCACCCACGUGCAGCACAGGCACGCCCACAGAUUCAGAGAACCAAACCUGUAG